AUGGGAACCAAUCUAAAAUUGGAUGAUGCUGGAACUGAUCCUGGAAUUAAUGAGAUUAUGUAUAGAGGGAUAAUUGGUUCCCUGCUAUAUCUAACUACUAGCAGGCCUGAUAUUGUGUUCAGCGUUGGUAUGUGUGCAAAGUUCCAAACUUGUCCAAAGAAAUCACAUUUGAAAGCUGCCAAGAGAAUUCUAAGAUAUCUAAAGAAGCCUGAGGACCUGGUCAUUUUUUACCCAUCAGGAGACUCUUUUGAUUUAGUGGGAUAUACAUAUGAAGAUUAUGUAAGGUUUCAGGUUGACAGAAAAAGCACAUCAGGAAUGGAGCAGUUAAAGCAUAAGUUGGAAAAUAGGACAGCACUCUUAAGUCCUAAAGAUGCUGAGAUUGCGAGGUUUAAGGCAUGGCUAACUACAGCACAAUCAGAAGGACCAGGUUCUUCUGAAUUCUAA